AUGGUCUGUCGUCUGCAAAGCACCUGCACGCACCUCACACACACGCAUACACAAACAGCUGCCGGCUCCGUGUCUUGGGCCAACCAUCUCCAGAUUCCAACAACUCCUGCUGCACCUUACAGCCGCAUACCCAACGACAAUGGACGGCUCCAGUGUCCCUCCCGUCCACAUGCACGAUGUCCGCCCGCCAAGGACCCAAAUAAAGCUUCGCUCACCCAAAAGCAACGACGAAAAGUAAGCCACGCCGGUAUCGACUCGCCAGCCACCUACGCUCUCUCCCCCACAUCAAUAUUGCCCGCCGUGCGACGACUUUGGACGGGCUUCGCUGGUCUGCCCUUUGCCCUUUCCAAACACAAGCACUGA